ACUAAAAAUAAUUUAAAUGCCAUCAGAUGCAACAUUCUCUCUCUUUCUUUCUCUUAGAUAUUGCUAAUCCUCUCCCAGUCACAUUUCACAGAGCCAUUGAUGUCUCCUUAAAUCCCAAGACAUCGCUCGAGGACAUUAUAGAACUGGGUUUUUCAAGAGUUCUAACUAGCGGGGGACAACCUUCAGCUAUAAAAGGACUACCCCUCAUUUCAGAGCUAACUUCGAUGGGAGCUGGUCGUAUCAUUGUGAUGCCUGGAGGAGGCAUUACACCUGAUAAUCUUGAGCUGAUAUUAAAAGAGCUGCCAGAGCUCAGGGAAUUUCAUGGAUCUGGUUCUGGAGCUUGGAAAGAAUCAAGAAUGGAGCAUAGGAACGAUAGUUUGAGAAUGGGACUGAGUCCUGAUUAUGCUUACAAAGAGACUGAGGCUAACACAGUACUCAAUCUAGUUAACAUUAGCAAAAGAAUUUGGAAUGAAAAUACAUGAUAAUUUUGCUUUUUUUUUCAGCUCACUUACGCAACUAUGCAUGCACCUACGCGUUUGAUUAAAACACGUGGUUUUCGCAUACCCGCCUAUUUUAUUC